AUGCCGCAGCCGCCGUCGACCGAGGAGGACAUCGACGAUGACUUCGUCCCGUCCCAGCUCGGCAUCAAGGACAUCAUCUCGCUCUGGAUCACCCAGAUCCUCCAGACCUACGGCGACGAGGAGUCCAAGGACGGCGCGCCCGUGUGCGAGGGUUCGGUGGACGACCUCGUCGGCGGUCCCAUCUUCCUCGCGCUCUACCCUUACUUCCUCAGGUACGGCGGGGUGUUCAAGCUGGCGUUCGGGCCCAAGGUUUUCAUGGUGCUGUCCGACCCCGUCGUCGUUCGCGAGGUGCUCAAGGAGAAGCCAUUCGCGUUCUCAAAGGGCGUCCUCGCGGAGAUCCUCGAACCGAUCAUGGGCCAAGGGCUCAUCCCCGCACCGUACGCGGUGUGGAAGAACCGGCGCAGACAGCUCGUGCCGGGGUUCCACAAGGCGUGGCUCGAUCACAUGGUCGGCCUCUUCGGCGAUUGCUCGACGCAGCUCGUCAAGAACCUAGACGCGGAAAUCGCCAAAGGGAACGGAUCCGCGAUUGUCGACAUGGAGGAGCGGUUCUGCUCCGUCUCGCUCGAUAUCAUCGGCCUCGCGGUGUUCAACUACGACUUCGGAUCCACCACGCGCGAGUCACCAAUCAUCAAGGCGGUGUACACGUGCCUGCAGGAGGCGGCGCACCGGAGCACGUUCUACUUCCCCUACUGGAACUUGCCACUCGCGGACGUCCUCGUCCCUCGGCAGCGCGAGUUUAAGAACAACAUGAACCUCAUCAACGAGACCCUCAACGGCCUCAUCAAGAAGGCGCAGGCGUUCGAGGGCACGGAGGACCUUGAGGAACUGCAGAACCGCGACUACAGCAAGGUCAAGGACCCGUCGCUCCUGCGUUUCCUGGUGGACAUCAGGGGCGCGGACGUGACGGAUUCGCAGCUGCGGGAUGACCUCAUGACGAUGCUCAUCGCGGGGCACGAGACCACCGCGGCUGUGCUGACUUGGUGCCUGUACUGCCUCGCGCAGGACCGCGAGUUGAUGGCUAGGGUGGUGGCGGAGAUCGACGACGUCAUGGGGCCGGCUGACGGGGAGACGCCGACGGCUCCGAAUUACGAGCAGAUCCAGAAGAUGGAGCUGGUCCGGCUGUGUCUGGCAGAGGCGCUUCGGCUGUACCCCGAGCCCCCCAUUCUCAUCCGGAGAUGUCUGGAAGACGUCCCCCUUCCUAAGGGCGCGGGCGACGCCAACGUGACCCUCAUCAAGGGCAUGGACGUGUUCAUCAGCGUGUGGAACCUUCACAGGCACCCCGACUGCUGGGAGGAGCCGCUCAAGUUUGACCCGACGCGGUUCAAGCGACCGUUUCAAAAUCCGGGCGUCAAGGACUGGGCCGGGUACAACCCCGAUCUCAUCAGCGGUCUGUACCCCAACGAGGUGACCAGCGACUUUGCGUUCAUCCCGUUCGGCGCCGGCGCGCGCAAGUGCAUCGGCGAUCAGUUCGCCAUGCUGGAGGCGACGAGCUGUCUGGCGAUGACGCUCCGACGGUACGAUUUCGAGAUGACGAAAGACGCGAGCGAAGUCGGGAUGGAGAUGGGCGCGACGAUUCACACCGCGGGCGGACUCCCGAUGAAGGUGACGCGCAGGUGA